CUCCUCACGCACAACUUACAACGCACAAUACUCCAUUCCUUAUGGUCUCUAUUGCGCCAUUCUGAUUUUUUGUUUGUUGGCACUCAAAGGGCCACACCCUCAUCUUGUGGUUCUCCUUCCUCCACUCCCUUCAGUCUCUAUCACUGUGAUACAUAUAUGAUUCACCUUCACUCACUAUAAUUCUUCGUUCCUGUUCCCCCUUUGUCUUUCUUCCACAAAAUUGAGAUAUUGCAAGUGAAAUGAAGGCCAGGCAUAUCUCAUUCUUCUCUUGAUAUUUCUGAUGGCACUCGCUGCAAACAAAGUUUCUAGCAGUCCUAUUGUGACUAAAAGAACAGCUCUUUGCAGAUCACAUGAAAAACACUAUUUUUCCUCGUCAACAAGGAUCAAUAGAAUACAGUUGUCAAGACAUAGACUGGAACAUGAACAUCUGAACUAUAGAUGUCUCCACACACAGAGAUCAACCUUAUUCAAUGACUGGUUUUGGUUCUUUAACGGAAAACCUGUUGGUUUGAUCUCCAAGAAAUCUUCUAUCUCAUGUAAAUCAACAGGAGCAAAUAAUACUGAAGAGAAAGAAAGUAUUACAACUUAUGAUGAUAGGGCACAUACCAAAGAUGAGAAAAAUGAUCACACUCUUGUUGUUCAUGGCUUGGCUGAUGCUUGUAGAUUCGUUUGUAAUGAUGCAAAGUUUCUCUCACGUGGCAUAAUGAGGUUGGAUGCUCGUGCACGUCAAGAUGUUGCUUUUCUUGGGACUGAAUUUCUCAAACUUGAUGCUCGGGCAAGAGAGGAUACUGAGAAAAUUGACCGUGAUGUCAAGGAAAAAGCUAGCCGACUUAGUCAUAUUGCUACUAUAUUGAAGGAUAAAGCUCAGUCCAGAUUAAAAAAUGCUGCUGAUGAGCAUUGGAGUGAUGGGGCCUUAGAGGCUGAUUUACGUCUUGCUGACUUACGUGCUAAGCAACGUGCGAUGGAAGAUCCCCUUAUGGCCUUGGAGCUUAUCAAAAACAUCCACAACAGGAUGGUGAGCAAGAUGUAUAACUUUCCACUUCGCAGAGAUAAAGGAUCCCUUUCAGAAAAUAAUGUAAGAGGUCGAAUAAUGCUUGAAAAGAAUGGAAAAACCACAAAUUCCUUUCCUGGGGAUGUGACCACAGAAAGGAUUGCUGCUCUUCAGGAAGCAUACUGGAGUAUGGCAUCAGCACUUUCUGAGGCAGAUGGAAUCGAUUACACUGAUCCUGAAGAGCUUGAGUUGUUGGUCAGAACUCUUAUAGAUCUGGAUGCAAUGGAUGGUAAACAAAGUGUUUCUUUGUUGGCAGAGUGUUCUAGUUCCCCUGAUGUCAGCACUAGACGGGCUUUAGCGAAUGCAUUGGCAGCAGCACCAUCCAUGUGGACUCUUGGAAAUGCAGGGAUGGGGGCAUUACAGAGACUGGCAGAAGAUAGCAACCCAGCCAUUGCUACCGCAGCAUCCAAAGCUAUUUAUGAACUGAAAAAACAAUGGGAAAUAGAGGAAGGCGAUAGCUGGAGGUUCAUGAUGGAUGAAAACACCAUGGAAGAAAAAGGAAGCAUAGAAUCUGAUAAUGAAGAUACCAAAUGAGAAAUAUUUUAAACGUUGCACUGUACAGCAUAGUUGCCUCCCAAGUAUACUAACUAGUAUAGGAUUAACCCACGCAAUCCCUAGAAAGAAACUACUGCUAGUGUAAGAUGCCAAUAUGCUGUUUAUGUGCAUCAUAAAAUGCAGUUCUUUGCUCAUAUUCAUAGAUCUUAGAUGCACAUUUGUGAUUAUACUCGUUUGUACGAAAGAACUCAUAUUGCUUCUGCUACAGCACUUUGGGCCGUUUAUUGUCCUAAUAUAUAUGAUGGAGGCACCUAAAAUGCUGCAUAGUUUGGUUUGUUGGUAGUACUAUAGUACCAAGGUUGUUUGAGCAUUGCAUACGUGCAAGCAAUAGAGCAAUUUCAUCCCUUGAUGUUA